GACCGCGCGCGUUAGUAACGUUUCGGUAUCGCUACCGCGCGCAACCCGACGCCGACGCCGCCACCGCCGCCGCCGCCGCCGCCGACGACGACAACGACGUCGUCAUUUUACCGAGGACACCACAGACGCUCGCUGUCUCCGGGACUCGCGAUAUCGUCACGGCGUAUUUCACGCCCGAGCACGAGAGCAGUCGUACUUUUAAUAACACGUCGUUGCUAUCGAUAUUCAAAUAUUUUUUAUCAUCAUCGCCGUUGAUACCAUAUUUUUUUUCGCAUCGGUUCCGUUUGCGGUGCAGUUCUUUCGGGGGCUGCGUCCCCGAGGCAGACGACUUCGCGCGCGUGUCCGCCGCGGGUACAUUUCACACCACCCGUUUAGAAUAACAACGAUAUUAUUUUGGUUUCCAUGUGCGUCAGUGCGAUUUUUCGCGAUGGAUUUGAGUAGACCGCCGAUCCGGUAACUCGUCGUAUACCGGAAAUCUGCGUUUUCCCUGUUAUUAUCGGUAAAUUCUUCAUCAAGAUUUAGCAAUGGAAGCAGGUAGUUCGGCUUGCGUGGCUUUGGCAUUUUUGGUCAACUACAAUACGUUAAAAGCUGGCUUCGUGUAUGAUGACAGCCGGGCGAUCGUCAACAACCCGGACGUGACGCGAGCCGCGCCGCUGACCGACAUCUGGACCAAUGACUUCUGGGGCACUCCGAUCGGGUCGAGCAGCUCACACGGUUCGUACCGGCCUCUGUGCGUGGCCUCGUUCCGGCUGAACCACUGGACGGGUGGCCUGGACCCGAAGGGCUACCACGCGGCCAACGUUCUGCUGCACUGCGCCGUCACGUAUCUGGUAUACGCCGUGUACCGGACGUUGAUGCCCGGCCGCCGGCCCGCUGCGGCCGCAGCCGUCUUCGCCGUCCACCCAGUGCACGCCGAGGCCGUGGCCGGUGUCGUGGGCCGCGCCGACCUACUGGCCUGCCUGUUCUACUUGGCCGCAUUCCUGUGCUACACGGCGCACGUGCGGCACCGGGACAGGACUCCAGACCCGCGGCGACGCGUCGUGUGCUGUGACGCCGGCUGCCACCGCCGGACGUACCGACUGGGCUCGGCGGUGCGCACCGUUUUCGCCGCCCUGGGACUGGGCACGUGCUCCAGUGACCUGGAUGGACUGCCCGGCGGCGUGACGGAGUGCUGCGCUGUCCGAGAGUGGGCCUGCUUGGCGGCCACGGUGCUCAUGGCUGCCGCGUCCAUGUUGGCCAAGGAAACCGGGCUGACUGUGCUGGCUGUGUGCGCAGUGUACGACGUGCUGUUCGCCAGCAAGCAGUCACCAAACAAGAACUCCGGAGGAAUGUACAGGACGCUGGCGAUCCUGUCAGGCGCGGCGGCCGGUCUGCUAUUCGCCAGGAUGUCGCUGAUGGGUGACAGUGGACCACCGGUAUUCGCGGCCGCCGAUAAUCCGACAGCCAAGUCACCCAGCCUAGUGACGAGGACUCUGACGUUCCUCUACCUGCCAGCUGAGAACUUCCGGUUGCUCGUCUACCCUCGAAGGUUGAGCUUUGACUGGUCCAUGGACGCUAUCGCACCCGUCACGUCCGUCUACGACCCCAGGAACGCGCUGUCUGUCGCCCUGUACGUGGCUAUAUUCGCCGCGGCAAAGCGGUCCGCCGCAGCUGCAUCGAGGGCCAGGCUGCACCAUAACCGGCCGCACAGAUGCUGUUCAAAGACCAAGUACGAUCGCCCAGAAGAUCGUCCCGAUGACCCUGCAAGGGCUGUGGGACUCGCCGUCGCCAUGACCGCCAUACCGUUCGUGCCGGUGUCCAACAUGUUCUUCUACGUGGGCUUCGUGCUGGCUGAGAGGGUGUUGUACAUGCCCAGCGUGGGCUACUGCUUUCUGUUCGGUUACGGUUAUGCGGCAUUGGAACGCCGUUUGGGGUCCAAGUGGCCAAAGAUGGGGUUGAUGGUGGUGCUCACGGUGUACGGUGCAAGAACGGUCAUAAGAAAUAACGAUUGGCAGGACGACGAGUCGCUGUACCGAUCGGGUGUGCACGUCAACCCACCAAAAGCCUACGGAAAUUUAGGCUCGAUACUGAGUAGUCAGGGUCGACUGGACGAGGCGGAAACAGCGCUGAGGACUGCGUUACGAUAUCGACCGAACAUGGCGGACGUGCAUUACAAUUUAGGAAAUUUGCUGCGGGAAAAAGGCGACGCCGAAGCAGCCGUGUCAAGUUACAAAAAUGCGAUCAAAUACCGACCCUCGUUGGCAGUGGCGUACCUGAACAUGGGGCAGCUGUUGGCCACCAUGGGCCGGUGUGAGGAAGCGGAAUCCGUGCUGAAGUUAUGCGGUUCUCUGGACGGAUCGCAUUCCAAGGAUCCUGUGAACCAUGAAACCAGCAGAGUGUCGGCUCUGGUCACAUUGGGCAAACUGCACGCUGACCGGGGCAAGUACUCGGACGCGGUGCAGGCUUACAAGCACGCAGUCGCCAUACUACCGCCAUAUUAUAACUCUCGGGUACUGUUCAGUUUGUACGGCGACGCGUUGGCACAACUCAACAGACACAUAGAAGCCGAAAUGUGGCACAAGGCGGCACUGGAAGUCGGGCCCGACCAUGUUCCGGCGCACUUGAGUUAUGGGAAAUGGCUCUCAAAAAACAGAACGCGUAUUCACGAGGCAGAAAAUUGGUUUCUACGGGCGAAAAAAUUGGCUCCCGGUGAUGCGUCCGUGUACAAACAUUUCGGAGUUUUUCUGCUGGAACAAGAACGGUACCCCGAAGCCGCGUCGCAGCUGGUCGAAGCAGUCAUGCUGGAGCCCGAAGACUACGACCUGACAGUGACGGCAGCCACCGCGCUCAGGCAGGCGGGCGUGUCGCUCAGGGCAGAGGACAUGUACAGAAAGGCAGCCACACUCAGGCCACAAGACGCAAGCAGCCACAGCAACCUGGGAGCCAUGCUUCACCUGAACGGCAAACACCGAGAGGCGUUAUCCAGCUACCAAAACGCGCUGAGGAUAUCGCCGGACGACCGGACCACUCUGGACAAUCUCAACAAACUGAGGAACGUGUUGCGGCGCCGGUCCAGAGCGGCGUGAUGGCCGUGAUAAUUUACCGUAAUAAUAUAUAUGUACUUAAUAUACGUUAAAUAAUAUGAU